AGAGAAACUGUACAUAGUUUCUCCAGUAGUUCUGUGUUUAAUUCUACAAACAUUUUAGCCAAUUUUCUUGAAGGUGGCAGGAAUUCUGGAGUUGACCAUAUAUAACGUAGUAUAUAUGUUGAUCAUAUAUAAUGUAACAGAAAUUCUCUAUAAUUAUUAUAAUAAUGAACUUGGCACAUUUGGUCAGAGUGGCUGAUACACAGCAAACAGUGUUGUCUUUGUGUUGACCUUUGGAUGAAAUGUAGAGUAAAAGGGGUCUAAGUGGUCAGCCGGAUGUAAAUUUCUCAAAGCAGUACUUUCUAAUAUGUGACGUGUGUGACCCAACACUGAACCUUUCACAACUCACAGCUGACAUAAAAAGCAAAAGGAGAAGCAGUCAAGUGCAAGUGCGGUUCACCUGUUUCCUCUGAUCCAGUUAGUAAAAAUGGAGGAUGAUGUGUGCUACUCUACACUAGAGUUCAAUACAUCUUACCCUGCAGUGCCUAAAGAUGUAGCAAAGACUGAGAAUGCUGUGUACUCAGAAAUCAGGACAACAAGAGAGAAAACAUCUACAAGCAGUCCUGCGAUGGCUGGGAAAAUCUCUGCUAUUUGUGAGGAAGAGGCUGCACCCAGAUAUACAUCAUGCAGACAGGCUACAGCUGCUCUGGGGCUAUUGUGUGUUCUCUUAUUAGCAGGUUUAACCACUAUGUGUGUCUUAAACAUCAAGCAAGUUUCAAAAUACAGCUCCAUUUUGGCUCUUUACACCAAUGAGAGCACGGCACACAGGAUCCUGCAAGCUGAUAAGGCAGCACUGGAGACGGAGAAAAAGGAAUUAACUGCACAGAGAGAUCAGUUCAAAAACACACUGCGGAUCAUCACCCAAUAUUCAAAUCUCCCAGCUGACAAAUAUUGUACAAUAACAAAUGAUGAGGUUCACUGUGAGCCCUGUAUGAAGAACUGGAUUCAGAACGGCUCCAGCUGUUACUUGUUCUAUAUGAGCAAACCAUGGCUGACCUGGACAGACAGCCGAGGGUAUUGUGCUGAAAGGGGAGGACAUCUAGUGGUCAUAGACACUCUAGAGGAACAGGAAUUUAUCAGCCAACAUAUACCCUUUUAUUAUGACAUAUAUCAUGGGUACUGGAUUGGACUCGUUAAACAGUACAACAUGUGGGUUUGGACCACCGGUGCUGAGCUUCAGAGCAAUGUGUUCUGGGCUGCUCCGCCUGAAAACUCACAAACCAGUUGUGUGUUGUCAAAACCUAUCAGUGCUGAUCUGAACAACUGGGAGGAGAAAAUGUGUGUCAUGCACAAUAGAUUUAUCUGUGAGAUGAAAGCGACGGUAUGAAGGAGUCAAAUGUAUUUUUAUUCAAUUUAAUCUCUGUCUGCUGAAUCUGUUGCAUGUGUACACUAUCAUGUGAGAAAAAAAUUUAACGUGUUAAAUGGCAAUACUCACUUAUAAUGCAAAGGCAAUACUCACUUAUAAUGCAAAUCUAGGGGCUACUGUUAAACGCGGUCAAUAAAUGUUUAAAAUACAUGAAUAUGGCUGCUGAGUGGCAUAGCAGGAAAGUGGUCAUCAGGAGAUUGAGCUCCAAUCAAAUGCCACAGUCAGCCGUGGCUGGGAGCCAAGGGAGCAAAACUGUCUGUGCUCUCUGGGCAUGAGGGAUGAUGUACUGUCUCCCUUUUCAAUCACAGCAACACUAGGCAAUCAUUGGCUUCUGUGAGCUCAUGUAUGUGGAAGAGGGCAGACAACGCUUUUCUCCAAGUAUGUUACGCUGCUCUGUGAUGCAGUAUAAGCAGUUUGAAAAGAUGAGGUAGGCUGGCUUCAUGUGUCUCAGAGGAAGUGCGUGUUAGCCUUCACCCUCCCCAACUGGUAGCUGUAGUAUAUUAGUGGAGAGCUGACUGGUGGAUGAGAAUUGGCAGGUGACCAAAAAAUACAUGACUAUUACGUGGCUUCAUGUACAACAUUCAUGAUAUUCUCACAACAAAUGUUUUAGGGUGAACAGACUUGAGAUUUUUUUUUUUAUCCAGGGCUGUUUCUCAGUUGCAGCUUUAUAUUAGUCAUAAGCCAGCAGGUAGAA